AUCGACUCAUUUGGUAGUUUUCUGUCAUGAUUAACAAAGAGAUGAUGUAGUUCUGCUCUGCCUCUACUCAGCGAGUCUCUUUUGGCGCAGUUCCAAAAGGCUUCCUGGGCAUGGAAUGGAGGCGAGCUUGACAAUGAUAGCACAGGAGUCGCACGCCGGGCAUGGAAGCUUCUCGAUAUCAUUUGGCGCAUCCUUGAGCUUACCGGAGGUCACUAUCUUGGUUCAACCUAUUCCAUGCGGAACCUGGAUGUGUGCAGGAAGAUUUAUUCACGAGUGAGGUCAUCCGAUGCCUCGGUUUCGUUGGCAGCUCCGCGAAAUGCACUGCACUUCACUUUCGCUGCUGCCAAGGUAUCCCGUGAGCCUGCCCGGGUGUGGGAUUUGUCUUCGUGGGGAAAUGAAUUCCACUCGCCAGAAGACUUCGACUGGGUGGUCGACUACCUCGACUUCAUAUAUUUCGACGACCACGAAGCGGCAUAUGACAUCCUUUUGCUACUGGGUAGUAUGGGGGUGUGCUGCAGCCCCGCCAAACAACGUCUGUUCAUCGAGAGGCUCAUCGCCUGCAUGGACAGCAACAUGCCUCUCCAUUUACGCCAUGCCGCUCUUCGCGCUGCUCGCAGUGCCCGAGAACAAAUCGCCUCAAUCGAUGUCAUUGACGAUGCGAGGCUACGGGACAUUGUUUUGACUAAGCUCUCCUCCGCUAUCUUGUCUGUGGUUUGUCCACACCCAGGUACAACACCCACCAAUGAUGAUGCCGACCCCUUUUUCAAUUAUGACCGCGACCUGUGCUAUCUCGAACUAGUCUGUGCCCUCGCAAGAAAUUCCGACUGGCACCCCCAUUUGUUUGGGGACCGCCACAUAGAUCGGUGCAUUAGCAUGAUUCCACAGUCCUGCUAUUCCGAAUCACCCAUGCAGCAUACCUUUUACAUAGCUGGCAUCCUCCUCCAAAUCACACCUCAACAGACAUCGAUCACAUCGCUCGAUUCUGAUACGGAGCAGCAGUGGUGGGACGUGAUGAGAAGCGCGUGGAAGUAUAUUCUCUAUGACAUUAACAACGCGCGCUCUUUCAAGCUCCUUCUUGUCCUUGUGGAUGGCACAAAGCAGUAUAUGCAGAUUGCUUCGAAAUCUGAUCUCGAGCAGCUCAUCGACAAUGUGGAUUACGUGGUCGAAGAGUUGGAGGGGCUCAUGCAAGAGAACAGGCGACGACAGGAGAUGGGACAGGAGAUGCAAGAUUCAGAGCAGGUAGAGGGGAUCAUCAUUACUGCAAAGGACUUGAGGACUGUAGCCAGCAACAUGCUGGAGAGCUUCGGUCAAUAAUCAUUAGUCCUUUGAUAUGUUGACGGUACUUGCAUACUGUGUUAGAGUCUUGGAAUAGAGGAAGUCGUAGGGCAGUGUAUGUACGGACGUGGAACCUCAAUGAAAUCGAUAUUGAACCAUUAGUCGUCUCUGACUUG